CAAGCAGUUAAAGUGAUCGAAGGAUGGAAUAAGCCAGAACUACAAGAUUGUAUAAAAGAAAUUAAUGCAUCGCUUAAUCAAAAUGCAAAACUCAAAACAAAAGGGACUAAGCAACAAUUAAUUAGCACUCUAUUCAAUCAAUUACAAAUAACAUCAAAAGAUAUUAAAAAAAGAAAUCAACUCCUUGACUAUGGAAAAAAUCAACAAGAAGCAUUGGUUGAAUUUCCAAAUAUUUGUCUGAUCAGAGUCAACAAAACCAAUAUUGAAACUGAAGGUUUGGGAAAAAUAGUUGGACAUGAAGAAUUGAAAGGAUCUGGUAUACAACAACAACGACGUGGUAAUCAUGAAAAGAUUAACGCCGCUAUUAAAGAUGAUGACAAAUACGACGAGACAUAUUUAAUGGACUAUUAA